AUGUCCUCCAGGUAUUGUGAACGAAGAUGUUAUCUUGCAUUGUUGUAUCUCGUUACGGUGGUUAUUAUCCCCGGUGAGGCCAAUGCAGCAUAUCCGGAGCUGACCUCCACGGACGAUGUACAUUUACUAGAGUUGAGCCAGGCUUCGGAAGAUUACUCCAUUAGGAACACGAAGGACACCAAUUCCAUUAUAGGAGAUUUGGAUACGCCUUUCAAGAUAUCUGAAGGUGCUGCAUCUCCCUAUCCAGAGCAUCCUCUCCCUUUCCAUGCGGACACUCAGAUCUCGCCACGGCAGAAGGGUCUGGUGGAGCAAGCCAGCCCACAAAGAACCCCUGAAGGUGGUACCCGAUCCGUCGUGAUCACGGAAGCUUACCUCGUGGGUCAUUUGCCAGAGAAACUGCACAGGCCUCCUGACAGGGUCUUUUGGAUUCAGAAGCUGCUGGCUUUGGGCUUGCUUCUAACCUGGACCCUCAUUGGUCAUCGUGCAGCCUCCGACGGAGCUUCAGAUGGAUUGAGUCGUGCUUUAUUGGCUCUUUGGACUGUAAGUCUCUUGAUGUCCCUCCUCAGAAGAACGCCCGAGCCCUCUCAUUUCAUCGUUGCAAGUGCGGGUGUGGCUGGCCAAAGCCAAGCUGCUGGGAGGGGAAAGGGGAAGAGCUCUAGCCUGAGAAAAUUCUUCGCCAACGUGUUAACUGUAAUGCUUACGCUUAUCGUCAUAGCUUUAUUUGGGCCGUUGAUAUUUUUUGUUACCGGGGUUCUGUUAGCAGCGAUGCUCGCUGCUGUUUUGGGCAUUGCUAUAUGUCUCUCGCGGUAG